CCGCUUCUUGCAAUGCUCUGUUGUUUGAUGUUGUUGUGUACUAGCACACACUUCUUUCUUGCUUUCUGUCUAGCUUGCUUGGCUUUUCUUUUCUUUGCUUGUCUGGUGCUGCUUCCCUUUCUCUGCGUGCGUGCGUGCUUUGCCACUUUCUGGUGCAUUGCCUGGAUCUUUCCACUUUCGUGGCUCUUCUCCUCCCCGAUUUCCAUCGCCCCACAUGCACUUACUCGCACUCGCAGAAGCGCUCCAUCGCUGCGAUUAGAGAGCGCGGUGCUCAUCCCGAUCUGUCUAUUGCAACGAUGGCCCUACACAUCUUGCGCCGAUCGUCCUCGUUAUUAUCGUUUCUGCGCCGCGGGUAUUCCACUCAAACGAUCUAUGUGGCUCAAGCGCUAGUGAAGGGCGCUCGAGCUGAUGGAGAGGUUACCUCUGAUGACGGAAAUCUGAAGCUCAAGCUUGGGCUGCCUAAGAGUAUGGGAGGACCUGGCAAGUAUACCAACCCUGAGCAGUUGUUUGCAGCUGGUUACGCAGCUUGCUUCAGUGGCGCUAUUGGGUUGGCUGCCAAAAACAACAAGGCGGCUGUGAAGGGCACCAUUAUCAAUAGCAAAUGCUCCCUGCUGAAAGACGACAAAGGCAAGUUGACCAUCAGUGUUUUGUUCGACAUCAAAUUGGAAGGAGUAGAUGAGAGGACAGCAGAGAAGGUCAUUGCGGAUGCUAACAACAUUUGCCCUUACAGCAAUGCCACAAGAGGGAACAUUGAUUUUAAGUACAAUGUUCUGUGAGCAUCGCUAGGGUGGGAAAACUACAAUAAUCCAAAGCUGCCACUGAAACAAUAACAGAAAAAUUGUUCACGACUAGCAUAAUGUGCACGGUCCACACUUCACUUGUGGAUUAUAACCAAGUACUUGAGCCAAAACGAGCAUCACUCAACAAAGCAGUUAUCCGAUCACCUAGGUUUUGACCAAUAGAACUGAAUUUUUCAUUGAACCGAAAACGAACAUCUCAAGUGCAUAUUUCAAAAUCAGGUGAGUGAAAAAGGAUGGAGGUCCUAUGGUUACAAUUCAAGUAAAAUUGAUCUAUGCUACUCA